AUGGCUGCAGAAAACACAAGCUUGUUUCCUUAUCAGAAGUGCUUGAUGGUUGCCCUCUCUGACAGGGAAACCCAGCUACAGUUAAGGGACAUCACCAACUAUGUCAUCAUCCCUGUUCAAAUACUGGUGAUCUUUGUGUCACUCGCUUGUAACGCAUUUGUUGUCAUCACUGUAGCACACACCCAAUCCCUCCGGCAACACCCUCCACAAUUAAUGCUCAGCAGUUUGGCUAUCACUGAUGUAAUAUUUGCUUUGAACGCUCUCUAUAGAGACAUACUAGUAUUAGCACACGAACACAAGUGUCCUAACAAUACAACCAACCCUGUCUUUGCUAGUCUGUAUAUACAAGCAACCCUCGGAAAUAUGGCAAUUAUCAGCGUAGACCGUUACUUAGCCGUGCGAAAGCUGUGGUGGUACCGUGCUCACAUGACUAAAUCUCGCGCCCUUAAGAUGAUAGGUCUACCGUGGGUUGCAACUGUAGUAGUUACAUCGUUGUUGUACCUAGAAAGCUUGUCUGAUGGUCCAUUCCCUUUUGGCAAAAUCAUUGCUUUUUUGUUUUAUUUUCUUUGCAUAUUUUGUACAAUCUUCUCUCAUAUUUUCUUGUUCUGUAACAAGACGCCCCCCGAGGAAGUUAUGAACAUACGCCAUGUAUAUAAAAGGGAAAAACGAUUGGCCAACACUGUAGCCUGGAUUCUUUUGCUGUUAGUAGUGCUCUUUCUACCUGGUACCAUUGUUCCUUUGGUUUUAAUCGCAGCUAACGUGCCAAAUGUUCCAGCCUAUGCUCGAUAUAGCGUUUUUCUUCUCUUGCUUAACGGGCUGUUAAACCCGUUGGUGAAUUUUGGAAGAAACAAAAGAAUGCGUAAAGCUUUGAGAAAGUUAAUGACGUGCUCCCAACAAGUAGAGCCAGUCUUGUAG